AUGGUAGUAAUCCAUUUCUCAAUUCCUUCAUCAUUUCCGGCGCCUGAGCAGACCACGGCCGCUGGUGACAAGUUUGACUUCUCUGACUGCCUGGUUCAUCAGGUUAUCGAGACCAUCGAGUUUGUGCUAGGGACGGUGUCACACACAGCAUCAUACUUGCGACUUUGGGCACUGUCCUUGGCGCAUCAGCAGCUCUCGUCCGUCUUCUUCAACCUGAUUCUGCUUACGGGCAUGUCAAUGCCGCUGCCGCUGAACAUCCUUGCAGUGUACGUUUGCUUCGGUCUCUGGUUUGCCGUUACGCUGGCGAUCUUGGGCGGGAUGGACGUGAUGGAGUGCUUUCUCCACACCCUCCGUUUGCACUGGGUGGAGUUUCAAAGCAAGUUCUUCAAGGCAGAUGGAAGGGCUUUUCAGCCCUUUGAGCACCGGACAAUCCUGGAGCAGUACAUACAUGGCUAA